AUGUCCAGAAAGAGAGGAGCAGCCAAUGGCACGGAUGGCAAGUUCGAUUCCGAGGAGAUUGCUAAAUACGAACUAGGGAACAAUAAACAUGUCACUGUGAGUUUGUUCAACGGGAAACCUCUUGUCGACAUUCGUGAGUUCUACAAUGAUAAGUCUACAGGGGAACUUAAGCCUGGUAGAAAAGGCAUUGCAUUGUCUGAGAGUCUCUUUCAGAGUCUCAUUGAUCUCCAACCUAAGAUUUCAGCAUCCUUAGAAGAAGCCAAGCUGCAUCCAAACAAGGUAGCAAAGGUGGAGUCUAGUGAGCACAAGACCGAGGCAUCUGACAAAAGCGGUUCUUCCAGCAGCAAAAAAGAAGUCAAGUCAGCAGAGAAGGUCGAAGAUUCUGAUUCUGAUUAG